CUUGCACCGUGCCUGUACGUGUACACCUUUUACACCAUCACGAUGGUAUUACCGUCGGGCAACCCAAACCCCUCCGCUGACCGGGAUAGUCCAGACGACGAACCUCCUCCGUAUUCGAGUCUCCCUGGCACAUCCCCUCCAAAGUGGGAGCCCCGGUUUGACGACCUCACAGCGGAAUCACACCAGCGCCUUUCCAUAGAAAGUCGCCAGCCCCUAGACCCUCCCCCCGAAUGUUUCUCCACACCAUCACCUCGUCGUAUCAGAUCACACAAUUUCCUUUCCUUUACGAUCUCCAGUGUGUCACAUAAAUUAGUCGACGGCUUUUGUGUGCUUCACCCCCGCGGAUUACUGGAGGAACAUGGAAUCACAAAGGAGGACUGGGUGCGGUUUUUGGAAGACUUGACCAUCGCAGCCCGCCUAUCUGCACAGGGACUAAGUGCGGUAGGUUCCCGCAUCCCCGCGAAGCCAUUUCAUCUCCGUGGUCCGUUCAUUAUAAACUUCCGAGUUGCGUACGACGCUGCGUUCGCGAGGACUCCGUUGCAAGAGGUCGGAGCUCUGAUCGCCGUAUGGAACGAGAGUGCCUUCGAAAGACGGAAGCUCAGAGUGACUCUCCAUGUCAGGGAAGAUGAGGGCAAGAAAUCUGGCUACUACCUUCUUGUUGAAUCGCUGUAAUUUCGAUCGUUGCCUUUAUGCUACUUUGUAUUAUGGUGUAACUAUCCGUUGUGUCUAGUAUGUGGUCGAUCCAUUACGCUGCUGUAUCCUAACCUCUAAAGUCAAGUGUUUAGUAUGUUGUGCUAUUGAAGUCCCCACUUAGAUACUACGAUAACGCCAGCCCACUCGGACCGUUCGAGACCCCAUCCUGCACCUGAAUGUUUGACCAACAGGUAUAGCUGUCACCACACCGUUAUGAAGUGCAGUGCAGGGGCACUAAAGGAUAGCUUGAUACU